UAGGACAGAUAAGCAGCGGCAGCGGGGGUUGGGGGACUGUGUGGGGCUCGUCGUGGGUCCGAGGCAGGCUGGCGUCCGGGCGGGCGAUGGCGGGGGCCGCAGCGGGCGGCAGAGGCGGAGGUGCCUGGGGGCCAGGGCGUGGAGGGGCCGGGGCGCUCCGGCGGGGCUGCUCUCCACCAGCGCCUGCCGGCUCCCCCCGGGCUGGGCUGCAGCCGCUCAGGGCUACGGUCCCAUUCCAGCUGCAGCAGCCGUCUCAGCGCCGGGACGGGGGUGGCCGCGCAGCUCAGGUUCGGCCCCGGCAUCCCUCUGCGGCCCUGGAGCGCCUUUCUGCUCUUCACGUGCGCUUCCCUUGCUGCCGCCUCGCGGAGCAGAUCUCCGCUCGCUGGACCAGCGUCCCAUGCUCGGUGGCCUCAGAAAAGUCAGCGUGUAGGCCUCAGCUGCCCCAGGUCCGGCGUACGUUCUCCCUGGACACCAUCCUCAGCUCCUACCUUCUGGGCCAGUGGCCACGAGAAGCAGAUGGGGCCUUCGCCUGCUGUACCAAUGACAAAGCCACCCAGACGCCCCUGUCCUGGCAAGAGCUAGAAGGUGAGCGGGCCAGCUCCUGCACACACAAGCGCUCAGCAUCCUGGGGCAGCACAGACCACCGGAAAGAGAUCACCAAGUUGAAGCAACAGCUGCAGCGGACGAAGCUGAGCCGCAGCGGGAAAGAGAAGGAGCGGGGCUCCCCACUCCAAGGGGACCACGCGGUGCGGGGGGCGCUGAGGGUGUCCCCUCCCACAUUCCCUGCGGGGUCCCCGGUCCUGCGACUCAGCCCCUGCCUGCACAGGAGCCUGGAGGGGCUCAACCAAGAGCUGGAGGAGGUGUUCGUGAAGGAGCAAGGAGACGAGGAGCUGCUGAGGAUCCUUGAGGUCCCUGAUGGGCACCGUGCCCCGGCUCCUCCCCAGAGUGGCAGCUGUGAUCAUCCCCUCCUCCUGGAGCCAGGCAACCCUGCCAGCUCUCCCUCCAUGCUGCUGGCAUCCCCCCAGCCCUCUGGCAGGGCCAGCCACGAGGACCACCGGGGUGCCAUUGAGGAGCUGGCAUCCGUCCCCAAUGACAAAGCCUCCUCUCCGGGCCACCCGGCCUCCGUGGAAGACGGCAGCCCGUCUCCAGUCCUCGCCUUUGCCGCCUCCCCUCAGCCCAACCGCAGCUAUGUCUUCAAGCGGGAGCCCCCGGAAGGCUGUGAGCGAGUGCGUGCGUUUGAAGAGGCGACGUCCCCAGGUCCUGACCUGGCCUUCCUGACUUCCUGUCCUGACAAGAACAAAGUCCAUUUCAACCCGACCGGCUCGGCCUUCUGCCCCGUCAGCUUGAUGAAGCCCCUCUUCCCCAGCAUGGGCUUCAUCUUCCGGAACUGCCCCUCCAGCCCAGGCUCUCCCCUGCCCCCCGCCAGCCCCAGGGCCCCACCUCGGAAGGAUCCAGAGGCCUCCAAGGCCUCCCCACUGCCAUUUGAGCCAUGGCAGCGCACCCCACCAUCAGAAGAGUCCGUGCUUUUCCAGAGCUCCCUGGUGGUCUGAGGGGACACCCCCCCCCCACUUUACCAUGGAGACCAGUGCCUUGGUGGCAGGCCACUCUAGCUUCCCGAGCUGAGGGAUGGAGAACCCCCUCCCUCUAGGCCUUCGAGCACUUUCAUUAAUUGUGUCAAAGCCCUGGGUCCUCUUUCUGAUGGACACCAGCCCGUGUGAACGUGAGGGGACCUGCCUUCUUCACUCGCGGCUGGUGGCUCACAACUCGCACCCGUGUCCCCGCCCCUUCCCUCUCUUGGUAGACACUCAGCCAGAAGACCUUGAGUCCCCCGUCCCCCACCCCAGGGUGUGAGUCUGCACGACUUCUAGGAAGCUCUCGUCAUUGUCCUGGAGGAAGCUGGUGACAGAUUUCCUUCCCCGUCCACCUCCAGGGACAACAGAAGAGCAGACCAGAAGACACAAACCCCGUCCCCACGCCUCCCGCUUUGGAGGCGCUGACCAAAGCGGCCCUAGACGGCCAGGACACUUGACCCAUUCAGCUGCUGACAGAGGGGGCAACCAAGCAUUUUCCCAAGUGGCAUUUUCAUCUCAUGUUCACCCUGACUAAAGAUUGUCUUAAGCAGCGGCCCGACCCCAGGUGGGUGGUGAGGAGAGGAAGAGCUGGCAUUCCUCUCGGUGGCAAGUGGUGGCUGUGCCCUCUCCACUGCCCUCGGGCUGGGUUGGAUUAGAAAAAUGCCUAUUUUUCUUGUAUCAAUGUAGAAACUCUAUUUUCUCCCAAAGACACUAUUUUUGCAGCUGUUUGAAGUUUGUAUAUUUUCCGUACUGCAGAGCUUACAGAAAACUGAAGAAUGUUAAUGUUCGAGUUUUCUUAUCUUGUGUUUAGAGGUUGUUUUUUUGCAGAUCUUGGUGUUAACAGACCAAAUAAAUAAAUAAGUAUUCCCAGCA